UCAUCACAUUUGAAGCUUUUCUGCUAGUUUACAUCGCCGGAGCUGGAGAUCGAUGGAUAUGUACGGACUUCCUGCCCCUGAUUUCUUCCACAUCGAAGACCUUCUCGACUUCUCCAACGAUGAUAUAUUUUCCUCUUCCACAACUUUACCCAACUCCGACAUCAACCACCACCAAAACCAUCUCCCUCGUCCUGAAAAUCCCGCCGGGGACCGCCCAUCCUCCACCUCCGUUAAUUAUGACGAUUCUAUCUCCAACUCCAACCAGUCCAACAACUUUACCGACGACCUCUGCGUUCCCAGCGAUGACAUUGCCGAGCUAGAAUGGCUUUCCAAGUUCGUGGACGACUCCUUCAUCGACCUUCCGAUGAAUGAAAUCGCAGAAACUAACAAUUUUCGGCUGGAAACAUCAGUACCCGGAAGGGCGAGGAGCAAACGUUCCAGGGCGGCAUCAACACAGCGUACUUGGACCUCUUUGCCGGAAUACGGUAAUCUGGUUACUGGUAAGUAUAAGCUGAUUAGCAAUAUUACUAGUCAGGCGAGGAACAGAGAGAGUUCAUCGUCGGUUUCGCCAUUGAUGAUGGGAGAGCAGUCGUCUCCGUCGCCAUCGUCAUCGUCGUCAUCUUCGUCAGGCGAGGUGCGCAAGUGCACGCACUGCGCAUCGGAGAAAACGCCGCAGUGGCGUACGGGACCACUAGGGCCUAAAACGCUAUGUAACGCGUGCGGCGUACGGUACAAGUCGGGUCGACUGGUCCCGGAGUACCGCCCAGCUGCGAGUCCAACGUUUGUGCUGACUCAGCAUUCGAAUUCUCAUCGGAAGGUGAUGGAGUUGCGGAGGCAAAAAGAGAAUCUCCGGCAAGAAGAGAGUGGCAGCCACCACCAGCACCAGCAACAGCAGCAGUUACUCUAUCACCACCACCACCACCACCAUAAUCACCAUGACGUCAAGAUUUGCUGA